AUGACAAUCCGGCACCAGGGCCAGCAGUACAGGCCGAGGAUGGCAUUUCUCCAGAAGAUUGAAGCGCUAGUGAAGGACAUGCAGAGCCCGGAGACAGGGGUCCGAAUGCAGAACCAGAAGAUCCUGGUCACCAGCAUCCCUCAUGCCAUGACAGGAAAUGAUGUUCUACAAUGGCUCGUCCAGCGGCUCUGGAUCUCCAGUCUGGAGGCACAGAACUUGGGCAACUUCAUUGUCAAGUACGGCUACAUUUACCCCCUGCAGGACCCCAAGAACCUCAUGCUCAAGCCUGACGGCAGCCUCUACCGAUUCCAGACGCCGUAUUUCUGGCCGACCCAGCAGUGGCCAGCGGAAGAUACAGACUAUGCCAUCUAUCUGACCAAGCGAAAUAUCAAGAAGAAAGGGGUUUUGGAAGAACACGAAAAGGAAAACUACGAUUUCUUGAACAAAAAAAUCAACUACAAGUGGGACUUUGUCAUUAUGCAGGCCAAAGAGCAGUACAGGACCGGGAAGGAAAGGAAUAAAGCAGACAGGUAUGCCCUGGACUGCCAGGAGAAGGCGUACUGGCUGGUCCACCGAAGCCCUCCAGGAAUGAACAACGUGCUGGACUAUGGCCUGGACCGAGUGACCAAUCCGAAUGAAGUUCAGGUAAACCAGAAACAAACAAUCACUGCUGUCAAAAAAGAGAUCAUGUAUUACCAACAGGCCUUAAUGAGGUCCACGGUGAAGUCUUCGGUGUCCCUUGGAGGGAUCGUCAAGUACAGUGAGCAGUUUUCGUCCAAUGACGCCAUCAUGUCAGGCUGCCUCCCCAGCAAUCCCUGGAUAACAGAUGACACCCAGUUCUGGGAUUUAAAUGCCAAAUUGGUGGAAAUCCCAACCAAGAUGCGCGUGGAACGGUGGGCCAUCAACUUCAGUGAAUUGAUUCGAGACCCCAAGGGGCGCCAGAGCUUCCAGUACUUUCUCAAGAAAGAAUUCAGUGGAGAGAAUCUGGGCUUCUGGGAAGCCUGCGAGGAUCUGAAGUACGGAGAUCAGUCCAAGGUCAAGGAGAAAGCGGAGGAGAUUUACAAGCUAUUCCUGGCCCCAGGGGCGAGGCGGUGGAUCAACAUCGAUGGCAAAACCAUGGACAUCACGGUCAAGGGGCUGAGGCACCCGCACCGCUACGUGCUGGACGCUGCGCAAACCCACAUUUACAUGCUCAUGAAGAAGGAUUCCUAUGCUCGCUAUUUGAAAUCUCCCAUCUAUAAGGAAAUGCUGGCCAAGGCGAUUGAACCUCAGGAAACCACCAAGAGAAGCUCCAGCCUCCCAUUUAUGCGGCGUCACCUGCGCUCCAGCCCGAGCCCCGUCAUCCUGAGGCAGCUGGAGGAGGAAGCCAAAGCUCGGGAAGCAGCCAACACGGUGGACAUCACCCAGCCUGGCCAGCCCGCUGCGCCCAGCCCCCACCUGGCCGUGUACACGGGGACUUGCGUGCCCCCCUCUCCUUCCAGCCCCUUCUCCUCCUCCUGCCGCUCCCCCAGGAAGCCCUUCCCCUCGCCAGGCCGCUUCAUGCGGAGGCCCAGCAGCACCGUCUGCCCCUCGCCCAUUACGCUGGCCUUGGAAGGCUCGGAGCAGAAGGGCGAGGCCGGUGGACCCGGUGCUGGCCAAGGACCCUCCAACGCAGACACCGGCGAGGCCUCCGCCGACUGCCCCUGGCCCCGGCCCCCGCCCAGGGCCCCUCUCAAGGCCCGCAUGGCUCUGUCCUUCAGCAGUUUUCUGAGACGAGGCUGUUUGGCCUCCCCCGUCUUUGCCAGGCUCUCGCCCAAGUGCCCCCCUGUGUCCCAUGGGAAGGUGCAGCCCCUAGGGGAUGUGGGUCAGCAGCUGCCACGGCUGAAAUCCAGGAGAGUGACAAACUUUUUUCAGAUCAAAAUGGAUGUGCCUGUGGAGAGUGGAACCUACCUGAUGGACUCGGAGGACACGGGGCCAGGGGCCUCGGGUGACCAGGCCAUCAAGAAGGAGGUCAUCUGCCCCUGGGAGAGCCUGGCCUAG